UUACGGCUGAACACAUUUGACAAACAAGAACUAAAAUUUUAGCAGACCUAAAUUAAUGGUUUCAUCGAAUUUUAUUGUAAUCGUCGAAAUUUUCAAUAAGAAAGAUAUUUAGCGCGAAAUUCGCAACUGUCGUCUGCAGCUAAACGAUAAUAGUUGAUCUCGGUGAAUGAACGUUUGCUGGUGAAAGGGAGGAGUCAUGGAUUGUUUAUUACCAAGCGCCGCUAUGUAAAUGACUGUUUGGAGCGGUUCUCAGAGUUUUCUGCGGAAUAGAUUGAAUGUUUCACCUUACACGUAAUUUUGGAAUUUUAUAUGGAUUUUGCAAUACGACCAGUUCACCUCUAGCAGACGACAGACGAGCAAGUUCGGAAAGUUUAUUUAAUAAAUACAUAAUCAAGUAAAAUAAUUACAUAUCUAAAAAUGUGUGAUCUAGAAAUGUUUUUAUAAACAACGCUUGUGAAGUGAAUAUGGAAAAUAAUGUGACAUCAUCUUCUAGACGAAGCAUCUUCAAGAUCAUAUAAAAUAAAUGUUUUGUUGUUGUUGUUGUUGCAAACAGUAAGGAUAAUCUCUUUUUAAUAAUACAUAUCAACGGUUGCUGAUAAAAAAGUGAAAGAGAGAUAAAAAAAAAAUAAAAAAAAAAGAAUCAGCCAUCGGCAAUUUGAACAUCACUCGAAACCUGGUUCAAAAUUCGCAAUCUUAUGAUGAACGGAAAUUUAAAAACACUAAUAACAAACUAAUAACCAAGUCUGUCUGAAAAUCUUAUUUUAACGCGAAAAUUAGUUCAAGUGUUCGGGCGGUGUCCCGUGAGAACAAAUUGUCAGUAACAAUCACUUGUAAUCUGCGGAGUGAAAAAAAUUUUUUUUUCGUUUUUUUUCUUCUUCAUGUCUUUCUUAAGUUGAAAAGGAAUAACAAGAUCGGUAAAGUUUAAGUUCAAUAAAUCUAAUGAUAUAUCAGUUUGAGUUCAAAGUAAUAUAUUAUCGUUUAUUUUAAGAAUUCUCUUCAGUGAAUGAAUUGUGAAAAUUGAAAACAGGGAGAAAAUAUAAAACGAAAGAAACAAAUGUGACAAUAAUGCGAGUUUUGAUGGAUUUUUGUGGUGAAUUUUAUUUGAAAUGAAAGUUGUUCUGUACUUUUUAUAUAAUUACACUUGUUUUGAUAUAAAAUAUAGCAUGGGUCUGGAUUUUGAUCUUUUGUAUAGUAAAAUAAUAUUCAACCACACACGCAAAAUAUGAAUGAAUUCUCAAUUUUGGAUGAAUUUAAUAAUAAGGAAUUAACGUGCAGAAAAAAGAGUGUUUAUUAAUUUAUGAUAUUUUUAUGUACCAACAGCAGGGAUUGAGUUAAUCAGGAAAUUAUGCAAUUUGAAACUUACGUGAACCGGAGAGAAUGAAAAUUACCCGAGCACUGGGGGUUACAUGGCCAUGCACGGGACACACAAAAAUAACAAUCUGGAAUUGUAAAAAACUGUGCAAGUGUUAAAGUCUGUUUUCAUAAAGUUUUUGAUGUUAGAUUAAGUCAUUAUUGAAACUAUCUGGAAAUUGCGAGCAGACUUCCCGAAAUUUUUUACAAGGAAGCGAAUCUUCUAAUGAAUUAAUCAGAUUUGGGGAAUUAUUGUGUGAAAUACUUAUAAAAUUCAAUUGUUUCAUUAAACCACAUCUGCGGCUAAGAAUGGGGCCGUUCGGUUAGACUUAUGUCGGUAUUUUAACCAUCUGUCAUUCUUAAGUCAGAGCCCGUCGAAAACGGUCAGAAAUAGAGGCGUUCACACCUCGAAGUGGUAAAAAUUGUUUAUCGUGUAAGUGUUGAAAGGAAAUGCAUGCGAUUUUAAUUAGACAUUUAUUUAAUGUAAUAAGUCAAUUGCACGGUUGCGUGAUCAAAUAUCAAUACUUAACCAUAUAGUUUUAAGCAUUAUUUCAGUUUAUUCAGAUCAAACUGAUAGGUUUAGUUGUGCAUGUGUGUUUUGUGGACGAAAGAACAUCCAUCGUGAAGGAAAAGAGAAAAAAGAAGGAAAAACAACAACAGGGGAUUUUAUUAUUUACCACUGAAAGUGUUCUGAUUCUGUUUUUAAAAAAGUAACAAAUUGGAACGGUUGUUAAAGAGAGAAAAAGAUGCAGCUAAAUGUAAGCACGAGCAUCGUGCGGAUUGUGCUAACUGUACUUUUGUGGAUGGACUUUUGCACGGGUAUCAGAUGGCUAGCAUUGUAUGAAAACCGACAGAAAUCAUGGACGAAUUCGAAAGAUUGCAAGAAGUCGUACGGCCUGUCGGCGGAACAGCUGAAAAUAUGUCAGCAACAUUUAGAUCUUAUGAGCACAGUGUCUCUCGCGUCAUAUAAAGGAAUAGAUGCUUGCCAAAAACAGUUUAUGGAUAGGCGGUGGAAUUGUUCUUCCAUAACAUCUGCGCCUCAAUUGACAAAAGAUUUGAAAAGAGGCACCCGGGAACAAGCUUUUGUAUAUGCAAUUGCCUCAGCAACUUUAAUGCAUUCAAUAGCACGUGCCUGUAGUGUCGGUAUAACAACAAAAUGCUCGUGCGGGGCGUUACCAAAUGAGGCCCCGACAGGAGAAUACAAAUGGGGCGGCUGCGGGGACGAUGUAGAUUAUGGACUUAGAUUCAGUGAACAAUUUACCUCGUUUCAUACAUUAAAAAAUUCUAAAAGAAAGAAAACCAUGAUGAAUAGCCAUAAUAUAGCCGCUGGUAAUAAGGUUGUUGUCGAAAGUUUGACGACGGCGUGUAAAUGUCACGGUGUUUCCGGAUCAUGUUCUAUCAAAACAUGCUGGCGUUCCCUAGCAGACUUUAAUAAAAUUGCCGAAACCCUUAAAGACAAAUACGGAAUGGCAAUAGAAGUGAAGAGGAAGCGCAAGAAAGGAAAGCACAUGUUUUCACCAAUAAACAAGAAAGUUGACAAAAUUCCCGAAGAAGAAUUAGUUUAUAUUCAAAAGUCGCCGGACUAUUGUUCGCCAGAUAGAAAAAUGGGUUCUAUAGGAACGCAAGGAAGGUCAUGUGAUCCGGAAAGUCACGGGCCCGGAGGUUGUGAUAUUAUGUGCUGUGGGCGGGGCUAUGAUUCGAGAGACGUUGAAAUUGUUAGACGAUGUGAAUGUAAAUAUUAUUGGUGUUGUUACGUCAAGUGUAAAACGUGUUCAGAAAUGGUCCGUGUUCACCGAUGCCGGUAAUACUCCGUGUUACAUCGUAUCAAUGUGUGUCAGUUGUAUCCUGCCUCUAUUGAAAUCCGGGUAUACAGGGUGACUUUGGAGUUAGAAACGGGAAGCUAUAGAGAACGGAUGUGAUAUUUUUUCCGAGAUUAUUAUAUUUGUUUUGGCAGGACCAUUCAGUGAUAUUAAUGCAAGGGAGACAACAACAAUUUACCGCGAACUGUUGCGACAGUGAGUUGUCGUUCUUCAUACACACGGGAGGACGUUAUUUUCAUCUACAUGUGUACCGACUCGAAAAAAAUGUUAAAAAUCAAAAUUGUAGUGGGACUUAAGGCCGGGUUGAUAAAAAUGCGGCACGGUCCUGUGUCGGGUCAGUUUUGAUGAUUAACGUGUGCAUGAAUUGACACGUGAUUAGUGCUAAAUUCUAUUUGUUAUACGGGCAUGAGAGUUAAAGAUUGUGAACAACAAUGGUUUCUUAUUGUGAAGCACAUAUUGUGUACGUGAUAUUUUCACUGAUAUUAUACAUGACUGUUGUAGACUAUAUUUCUUAUGUAUCAUCAGUCACGAAAUGAAAAAAAACAAGAUCCUUGAAGUUUCAUUCUUGGCACGGUUAUAAAGACAAAUUUAUGUUAGAAAAAUAUUGUUAUAAUAUUUAUCAAAUACAAAUGUACUAAAAUGUUUGCACACCAUAUACAUAAGUAAACAACAAUUGGCACAUUAUUUAAAUGUUUUCACGUCCUUAAUAUAUACAUAUGUGUAUAAGUUAUCACUUUAUGUCAAGCAGUAAAAUAAUA